AUGUCUUGGCUCAAGUUACACAACCCUACUAUAGAAUGGACUACCAAGCGUGUAAUGUUUAACUCUGUAUACUGUAGUACAACUUGUUUUUCUUCUUCUUCUCAUAUUAUCCUGGGAAACACUGGUGGGACUGCCAACCACCUUGAAAGUGUACCAGAAGACCUAGGAGGUGCUGAGGCUCCUUAUGAGGCUCUUGAAAGUAUCCCUAGGGACCCUGGAGGUGCUGUGAAUCAUUCACUUGAAGGCAUCCCAGAGGAACUCUGUGACUAUGCAGAGGUAUUUUCUGAGGACAAGGUGACAGAGUUGCCUCCUCAUUGCUCCUAUGACUUGGAGAUAGUCCUCCAAGAUCAAACCAAACAGGUUAAAGGACCUGUCUAUCCCCUUAGACCUUCUGAUGAUGAGGAACUCAAGAGGAUCCUAAAGGAACAGCUGGACCAAGGCCUUAUCAGGCCCUCAAAAUCCCAUUACAGCUCUCCUGUGAUCUUUGUUCCCAAAAAGAAUGGCAAAAGGAGGAUGUGCAUUGACUAUUGUGCACUGAAUGCCAACACAGUCAAGAACUCUUACCCCCUUCCUUUGAUUUCCAAUCUCAUUGAGAAGUUAAGGGGUGCAAAGUGCUUUACUGCUCUGGACCUUAAAUCUGGAUAUAACCUUGUCAGAAUUAAGGAAGGAGAUGAAUGGAAAACAGCAUUCAAGACUAAAUAUGGCCUUUUUGAAUACCUGGUUAUGCCCUUUGGGCUGUGCAAUGCCCCAGCUACCUUCCAGCAUUUCAUGAAUGAUAUCCUGAGGGACAUCUUAGAUGUCUAUGUGAUAGUGUACUUGGAUGAUAUCCUUAUUUUCUCCAAAUCCAGAGAAGAACAUGUUACCCAUGUCAGGGAAGUUCUCAAAAGGCUACAGAAGCACAAGUUGUACUGUCAGCUUGAGAAAUGCAGGUUCUUCCAGGAUCAAGUACACUACUUGGGAAUCAUAGCCAAUGGGGAAGGGGUAUGUGCAGACCCUGAAAAAAUUUCCAAAGCUGUUGAUUGGGCAACACCCCAGACAGUUAAAGGGGUUCAAGAGUUCUUAGGUUUUGUCAACUUCUACAGGCGGUUCAUUAUGAACUUCUCCAAGCUUGCAUAUCCACUCUACCAACUGUUGCGCAAGGAGAACCCUUGGAAGUGGGGUGCUGAACAGCAGGAGUCUUUUGACAACCUAAAAAGAGCUCUGAUUGAAUCCCCUGUCCUCAUUCAGCCUGAUGUUUCAAAAGAGUUCUUCCUUGAGUGUGAUGCAUCAGAUUAUGCAACUGGUGCAAUCCUUAGCCAAAAAGGUGGAGAUGACAAACUCCAUCCUGUGGCCUUCCUUUCAAAGAGCCAAUCACCUGCAGAAUGCAACUAUGACAUCUAUGACAAAGAGUUGCUUGCAGUGAUUAGAGCAUUGAAGGAAUGGAGAAACCUUUUGGAAGGCUCUGAAAUCCCUGUCAAAGUCCUCACAGAUCACAAAAACCUGGAAUAUUUCCAAACAAAGAGGGAACUUAAUAGGCGUCAGGCUAGAUGGAUGGGAUUUUUGGCAGACUAUAACUACAGAAUUGUUUACAGGCCUGGCUCCCAAAACAAAAAAGCUGAUAUCCUUUCCAGGAGAGAAGACCUGAAAGGGGAGGCUAAAGGGGGGGGUGAAGCCCCUGCACUUAUUGCACCAGAGCUUUUUAUAUCUUCAAUUCUCACAGACAGUGACCUCAAUGACCUUAUCAGAGAUGCACUGCCUGAUGACAAAACUGUUGCCAAAAUCCUGAAGUCCUUGGAGGAAAACAUUCCUGUUAAAGGCUGGUCUCUGGAUAAUGGGUUGCUCUACUACCACCAGUGCAUUUAUGUACCCAAUGAACCAGAAAUCAGGCGCCUUGUCCUUGAAAGCAGGCAUGAUAAUCCUUCCACAGGCCAUCCAGGACAGUGGAGAACCAUGGAGUUGCUGUCUCGCCAUUAUUAUUGGUCUGGGAUGAAGCAAUCUGUGGCCAAAUACAUUCAGGCAUGUGACUCAUGCAUUAGAAGUAAACAUUCCAACCAGGCAAAGAUGGGGUUACUCCAACCUAUUGAUCUACCCAGAAAGCCUUGGGAGGAAAUUACAUAUGACCUGAUUGUUGGCCUUCCUAUUUCAGAGGGAUAUGAUGCAAUACUCACAGUGGUGGAUAGACUAUCCAAGAUGGUCCAUUUCAUUCCUACCACCUCUAAAGCCACUGCUGUUGAUGUUGCAAAUCUCUUUGUAAACUUCAUAUGGAAACUCCAUGGGCUGCCCAGAAAAACCAUCUCAGAUUGUGGGCCUCAAUUCAAUGCCAAAUUCCUGCGCCAAGUAUACAAGCGUUUGGGGAUAGAGCCACACUUCUCAACAGCCUACAGACCCCAAGUGGAUGGGCAAAGUGAGAGGUUAAACCAGUUUGUUGAAAUCUUCCUAAGGCACUAUCUUAGCCAUAGGCAAGAUGACUGGGUUGCUCUCCUUCCCUUGGCAGAAUUUGCAUAUAACAAUGGGGUUCAUGCUGGGUCCAAACACUCUCCUUUUUACCUCUGUUAUGGGUACAAUCCAGAUUUCACUGUUGGGGAUAUUACUGUUACCCAAGUCCCUCAAGCAGAUGAACUGGCUGAGUUCUUGAAGAGAAACCUGGAGGAAGCCAAAGCUGCAUUAACCAUGGCCCAGAACAAGCAAGCCUUCUACUAUAAUAACAAGCACAAGGCAGCAAUCAAGCUUGAACCUGGUGAUAGGGUCUUCUUAGACAGCAGCAAUAUCAAAACUUCAAGGCCUUCCCACAAACUUGAGCACAAGAGGUUGGGACCAUACAAAGUCUUGGAGAAGAUUGGCAAAGAGAGCUACAAGUUGGAACUUCCAAAAUCUAUGAAGAUCCAUCCAGUAUUCCACACAGCUCUACUCCACAAGGAACCCUUUGAUGAAUUCCAGCGCAAACCCAAACCUUUGCCUCCUGUAAUUACCCAAACAGGAGAAGAAGAAUAUGUGGUGGAGAAGAUCUUGGAUUCCAGGAAGCAAGGAAGGAACCUGUGGUACUAUGUCAAGUGGAAAGGGUAUGGACCAGAAGAGAACACCUGGGAACCCAAAAGUCACUUGGCCAAUGCACCAAAACAGGUUGCCAAAUUCCACCAGCUACACCCAGAUGCACCUGGGCCUUGA